CUACUCAACAAGUCGGGAGCACGAAAUUCAAUUCAUCGAAUCUGUGUUCAAUCGUGACCAUUCAAGGAAAUCUUCCAAUUCCACACACCCAACACACAUCCAGCACACCUCGACGCGGUAUCUACCCAUCGUCCAUCAGCCAUGCGUCGCUGAAUCAUGCUUAAAGAUAACGACAAAACAUAUCGGACUCAACAGGCAAAGCGAUUGACCCGAGAAUACAUGCAUCUGAUCAGCAAAACACUUCCGGACAUCGAUUGUGGUUGACAUCCACCACUCAUCUCGAAUUUCCACCGCACCAAUCCUCUAGGCUCUGUGUAGGCCGCCACUGGGAGCAACGGAAGUUGAGCAUCUUGUACCAAAAGUUUCCCAAAUUCAGUACCCGAGAGCCGUGAUCUUGAAUCAUGGAUAGCUCAAGGAACUACGGCAGUAUGGCCGAGAAAGGUGAAUUAUACAUUGCACCUCAACCUCGUACAGCAGCACCUACAGCUCCGCUUCCCCACCUGGCAGAUUGGAUGUGCUUUCUCCCGGACAACAUCCCAAUAUCGGGUAUGUCCAUUCCUGGAACUCAUGACAGUGCCGCUUUCAUGAGUACCUGGCCCUUCGUAUCGACACAAACCCUUACUAAUGCUCAACAACUUGACGCUGGCAUCCGUUACUUCGACCUCCGCUGCGGCAUCAUUAAGGAUGAAGUCCAGAUGGUUCACGGCAGAGCAGUUCUUGGCCUCAAGUUCUCUGACCUGCUCACCUCAAUGUACGCUUUUCUUGCUAAGCACCCCAAAGAAGCCAUCAUCAUACAAUUGAAACAAGAUCGCAAAGACGAAUCUUCAACGAAGCCCUUCUCAGAGCUCGUCUUGAAUCUUCUGCACGCAAACAUGAAGUACUGGCGUCUGGAGACCACCACACCAACUCUGGGCGAACUGCGAGGUCGGAUUCAACUACUUCGCCGCUUCCAGACCUUUCAACAUCAGCAGUACACAUCCGGUAUCGACGUUAGCAGAUGGCAAGACAAUCCACCUUUACCCUUCACGAUCCGCACACGUGUGGGUGUGCAUCUUACUAUCCAAGACCACUACUCUUUCAGUACACCGGAAAAUUUACCCAGCCUGGUGGCGAAGAAAGGAGGUGAUGUGGCUUCAAUGCUCAUGCGCGCUUCCCGAGACACAGAGCCCUGGCAUUGGUACAUCAACUUUUCGUCGGCUUUCGAGUUCAACAUCUAUCAUCAGAUUCCACCCAAGGAUAUCGCUAUCGGUGGAUAUUCAGUAUUUAGAUGGGUAGAGGGAAUUAAUCUUCGCCUUUGCAAUUUCCUGAAGCAGAGGCUGGGAGAUGCAGACGAGCCGCAGCGCUUCGGUGUUGUCGUCAUGGACUUUGUAGAGGGACCGAGAGUGGAUCUCGUCAAGACCGUUAUUGAGGCUAACUUCGUUGUGCCGGGCAAGAGGAGAGGAGGCAUGGCUGGCAGGAGCGGAGAGACGCUGGUGCUGGGACUCGUGAUGUGUCUAGUCCUUCUAGGUUGGGCGUUAUUCGAGUGGAGCAGACUCGAUGCAGUGGAUAGUCGCUGGUGUCCGAUGUUCAUGCAUGCUUGCUCUGUACAGCCGCUAUACAAGGCUGUCGCCUAAGUAUUAGCUAGGAAAGUCAGAUCUGUAUAUACUGUUACCAAUGACAACCUAGACGAAG